ACACACCGACGUAGGUUGCCGUCUUGGAGCUCUCCCUUAAGUUUAGAAUUUCACGAACUGCUUUAGCGAGAUUCGUUUUAUCUAUACUCUGUGACUGUGUCAGGUUCCGAUGCGGCCAUGUUAAUAUUAUUGACGUGGGGACUGUAAUUUUAUUUUCGAACUUCUAUUUUGUAUUUUAUUUUUGUAGUGGCUCGUUAUUUUGUUUUAAACAAACUUUUCGCGUCCUCCUAAUUGUUUUUUUUACUUCAGGAAAUAUUUCUUAAUUCAUGUGUUAGUAUUUUGUAUACGAUGCCACUACUGCAAAACUCUGUUGAUUUAUAUCUGGUAAAUUAAUAAAAACAAAAUAAGUUUUAUUUCGUAAUUAAUUCCUGCAGUUUACGUACCGAUUCUCACAUGUUGUAAUUACUUUACCAAAAAUAAUUAAAUGUUGCGGUGUUAAAAAUGGAACUCGUGUUUGUAUUGAGUUUUGUUUCUAUUGGAUUAGCUUACGAUAAAGCGUCCUUCUACGGUGCUAGCUAUAUCUCAUAUCCACUUCAAGAAGCAAAAGGUAUUACCGACAUAAGUUUUAGAUUUCGCACUCAUCUAUCUGACGCUCUUUUACUGCUGGCUGCUGGUAAAACCGAUUACUGUAUGAUCCGUCUGGAGGGUGGCAAGUUAAAGCUGCAUAUCAACCUUGGGGCCGGUGAGAGUGAACUUUCUUCAGCAAAAGGUACUUACCUUAAUGACACUCAAUAUCAUCAUGUAAGCAUCAUCAGAAGAGAAGCAAACCUUACUAUGAAGGUGGACGACAGCGUUGUUAAGAAAAAAUUGCCGGGGAGGUUUUUCGAGCUGAACAUACACUUCGGUAUCUUUUUGGGAGGACAAGGAGAUUUCUCGGAACUAUUUCUUGGCCACAUGGAAAAUUUCCGCGGCUGCAUGGAAGACGUGUACUACAAUGGGGUCAAGAUAAUAGAGAAGGCUCGCAGCCGCAGCGGUUCCGUUCACGUUGAAGGUGUAACUUGGAAUUGCGCCUUGGAGUUCGACGCCGACAUUAGUUCCGACAUAAGUUUCAUUGACGAAGGGGCGUAUUUGAUCCUACCUAAGAUAAACUCGAGAGCCGGUGGCAGGUGGCAGAUAGAGUUCAAGACGAUAACACCGAACGCUGUAAUACUAUACAAUCCCGGUGGUGGUCGCGGCUCAGAUUUUCUGGCUGUGGAGAUGUUGGAGGGAGUGGUCAGGGUGAAGAUGGCUAAGAGUCAGAUCGUCCACACGGCGAGAGUCAACGACGGGCAAUGGCACAAAAUGCACCUGAUGUUCAAUCCGUCGGUCAUCGAGCUUUCCGUUGACAAUGUGGCGUUGAGUACUCGCAUCGAAAGCGGCGGUAACAGAUAUCUAGAUCUCUCUGAUACUUUCUAUCUAGGUGGUAUAGAAUCUGAGAAACGACAAAGAGCCUUCGCUAGAGGCGUCAAAGCAGCUGAUUCAAGUAUCAUGGGUUGCAUCAAACCAAUCGAGGUGGACGACAGGUUGUAUGGUCUGCCUAACGCGGUCGUCACAUACGGUAUUAGUCCGAAGUGUGUUUGGUGGUACCCCUGCCAGAGCGCCCAUCCAUGCGUGUCACAGGCCGUCUGCGAGCAACACGGUCUAGAUCACUUCACUUGCAAGUGUGAUAGCGAUCUCUGCAUAAAUCCCGACUACGCUGAAAAAUAUAAGGUUUUUUCAAAAUCGAGUAGCGAAUUGGAACUGGUAACGUUAUAUCCUCUGACCGUCCAAGAGGGUGGUGUGGCUGUUAUAACGUCACAGAACAUAGAUGUCGUAUUGGAUCACCAUAAGUAUGGCGUGCGUCCGUCUGGGGUACUGCUGCAUGUGGCGAGGUCGCCACAACACGGCCGCAUAGCCAUAGACCUCUCGCUACAGAGGAAUGCGCCACAGUAUACAAAUUAUGUGGACGGUGAAAAAGCCAAACAGUUUUUCACGCUCAUGGACCUUACCAGAGAUAAGGUUCGCUACGUCCACGACGGCUCAGAAAAUCACCAAGACGCCAUAGUAUUAGAGAUGGAACUCAUACCAGAGACGAAGUUCACACUGCCAAGCUACCUCCAAGGUCGCAACACGUUUGUCCUACACGUUAACGUGACGCCGGUCAACGAUCCGCCAGUACUGAAUUUGUUGCCAGGGAAAAUAUUAAGAUUGACCCAGGGAACACGAAAGGUUAUAACCUCCGACAUUUUGAAGGCAGAGGAUCCUGAUACACUGCCCGAAGAUCUCUUGUAUACCGUACUGCAUGGAAAGAAUGAAGCAAAUAGCGGCCACAUCGAGAUGUCUGGUCAGCCUGUGGACUCUUUCACUCAGCAGGACAUCGACUCCGGCAUAAUAUCUUACGUUCACGGUACAACCAGCGAUAAGCAACUGAAUAAAACAUCGCUGAGACUGACAUUACAGGUCUCCGAUGGCAUAGAAACAAGCGGGCCGGGCGUCCUCCGCAUAUCUAUAGUACCGCUACAAGUGCGUCUCGUUAACAACACCGGACUGUUCCUAGUGCAUAACUCGUACGCCAUAAUAACAGCCGACAACCUGACAUUCGCCACUAACGCAGACGAAACCAACGUCCAAGUCAAAUACGACGUAGUGAAACCUCCUCAGUUUGGCGUUGUCGAACGUCUCCGAGUACUAGAUGGCACUUGGCAGACUGUUGACACGUUCACCAGUGAAAUGAUCAGUUCCGGUAGAGUCCGCUACAUGCAUAUAUUAGGAAACCCAUCGCACGAUGAAUUUAAAUUCAAAGCCUCCGUCGGCACAGUACGGACGAACACUCUAUACGAUUUUCGAUUGACUUUCAUCAAACUCGAACUAUAUCAAAUGACGAACGAAGAAUUGGUUUUGAACAAUACCAGGGAGGCGUUCGUUUCCGAUCAACACUUGCGUUUCAAAACGAAGCCGCUCGCGCUGACGGGUGACAGGAUACUAUUCACAAUAAUUAAACCGCCGAAGUAUGGUAUCCUACAUCUGUCGUCCGGUAAACAUCAUCUGCAACUGCACAGCACUUUCACACAGCACGAUAUAGAUUCGGAUCAGUUGUGGUACAGAUUACACAGACGCGCAUACUCUCACAUACAGGACGAGUUCACUUUCGUGGUAGGGGCUACGGAAUGUGAGAAUAUCACAGGAGUAAUGACAAUAAGACAUGUGCCGGGCACAUCCAGUAGCGAUCACUUGUCAGGGAGGAUACACACCACGUUGGAGAGAUUGCAAGUCAUAGAAGGUUCCAGAAUGGCGAUACCAGCUACUCACCUUAAUUUCAGAACGGAUUCAAUAACCAACCUAGUGUUCAAUAUAACGCGACCGCCCAAACACGGCAAAAUCGAAGUUAUCACCGAUCAUUUGAAAAUACUGAGAGACAAUACCACGUACUUCACUCUACAGGAAUUGAAUUCCGACAGAGUUUAUUAUACCCACGACGAUUCGGAAAGCAGGCACGAUUCUUUUCAUUUCAUGGCAUUAAGUCCUGAGCCGGAAGACUUUCAGUACGUUGGAGUUUUCCAUAUCGACAUCAUACUGAAAAAUGACAAUAGUCCCGUGCGGGCGAAUGAAAAAGUGUUUCAUAUAGUCCACGGAGGGGCGAGGCUUAUAAUGGCUAGGGAUUUGAGUUACACCGACGCUGACUUGGACACUAAGCCUUCAGACAUAGUGUAUACCGUACAGAGAUUCACGAAAGAUCCUCCAAACGGCGGCAUAUUCCGUGCAGAUAAUCCAUCCGAACAAAUUGCUCAGUUCACGCAGGACGACAUUAAUAAAAACCUUGUAAUGUUUAAGCAUCAAGGCAAAGAGUACGGCAAAAUAGCGUUUUGGAUAUCAGACGGGCUGUUCGACGUGAACGGUAAUUUGGAGAUACAAGCUUCACCUCCCUUCAUAAGAAUGUAUCCAACUAACGGUUCGAUUGUAGAGAAUGGUAAAUCCGUUGUCUUAACUACCAAAUACAUGCAGGUGGACACUAACAUGAAUUGCCUUGAAGAAGAUAUCAGAUACGAAAUUAUACAAGAACCCAAACAGGGGUCUAUAGAAGUUGGUGAAAUUUUGGGAGCAAUUGCAUUCACUCAAUUGGACAUAGCGGCUGGAAGAGUGGCCUAUAAACACAGGGAACCGGAAACACAAAACGAUGCUUUUAGGUUUAAAGUUACGUGCCUUGAGGCUUGGGGUGAGGGUAUAUACCCUAUUAAGAUAUUUCCGUCCAGUUACUGGGAACCUCUAAAAUUAACGAAUAAUAAAGCAUUAGUUGUCGAAGAAUCAACUAGCCUGAAUAUCACGAGAGAUAUACUAGAAGUCAUGCAUCCGCAAAUUGAACCUUCAAAUAUUCUGUACCAAGUCACCGAUGGCCCGUACCACGGUUGGCUCGAAGUUACAGCAGUGGGUACGGUUGAAUUGGAGAAUUACAACGAGGAGCCAGUGCAAACUAAAGUGUUCGAUCAAUCUAUCAUAAACUCAAAUAGAUUAGUCUACGUACAGGCCGGUGUGAAUCGAACCAGAGACAAAAUCAAAAUGGACGUAACCAAUGGGAUCGUUUGGCUCAGAGGAAUAGAGCUUACUGUCAUAAUAAUACCGGAGCAUUUUUACGUAGUCUCCUCAAACCUGACGGUGGUAGAGGGGAUGUCCGUCAGUAUCAAGCAGGACUUGUUCAGUACGGUCACGGAGUACUACCGCGGGCGAGUCGUCUCCUACAAAGUUGUUCAGAAUCCGAAAUACGGCAAGAUCGUUAUGGAUGAGCAGGAAUUGACAUUGCUGCCUGUGCUUAAGUUGAAUUCCGGAAAUAUCGUGUACACUAAUGACGGUUCUGAAGAGUCAACUGAUGUGAUAAAGUUGGUUGCGAUAACAGAAACCGGUAAGGAAAGUGAACCGUUCUAUCUCCGCAUCAAUAUAGAGCCAGUUAACGAUGAACCACCAAUCGUGGCCGCUAACACCGGCCUUUGUGUGUGGGAAGGUGGCACAUUUACGUUUACUAGAAAUGAACUUUAUGUAAACGAUAUUGACACGCCAUUAAGAAACGUCACAAUUAGGGUAGUGGAUAUUGUCUCUGGCUACAUCGCCACACGAGGUGAUCUAGACACUCCCAUAGAUCACUUCACACAAGCGGAUAUUGAUAACAGAUAUGUCGUAUUUGUUCAUAAAAACGGAUCCAAGGGCAAGAUGAUAUUUAACGUAACCGAUGGUCUUCACGAACUAUCAAAAAUAACAUUCCUUAUAACGACAAAAUCUGUGUCCCUUAAGCUGGUCAGAAAACAUUCAUUGCGAGUAUUCCCUCUGAUGAGAGAGCCGCUCAACAAUUACCUCCUGAUGGCGAAAUGCACAGAUCCAUCCAGACCGAUAGUUUUUAAAAUUGUAAGAGCACCAGCUCUAGGUAGGCUGGUUAUGCUGAGUGGGGAUAACCAUCACAGAUCCGUAACACAAUUCACACAGAGGGAUAUAAAUGAAACAACAGUCUAUUACGAACAUACUCACCCAUUUUCUGAUCUUUAUACUAACGACUCCUUCAUAUUUAAAGUCGAGGCGGCAUUGGCUAAGCCGGUACUAGAUCAAAUCUUUCAUAUCGAUAUAUCGGUGGCAUCCGGUGGUUUGGCAAAGUAUGUGAAUAUUCCAUUGACCAAAGUCAAGGAAGGCGACAAAAUUCCAUUGCGUGUGAACGUGACUAAUGUUAUAACAUAUUUGGAGACACAGGCUGGUGUUAGACAACCACAAAUUGAGGCACAGUGGUCGUUACCGAUGCACGGUGUCUUAAAUCCUUUGUUAUCUUCGCUUACACAAAGCCAGCUAGAAGAUGGUGUCGUAACAUAUGAGCAUGAUGACUCGGACACGGUUGAAGACAGUAUAGAUAUGGCGCUGUAUUUGCUACCAGAUUAUGUUCUCUUGUGUAAUGUCACUAUACCGAUUCAUAUUGUGCCAGUAAACGAUCAGCCGUUCAGAUUGUUAACUGACACUCCACAAAUACAGGUGGUGCAAGGAGAAAAUUAUACUUUAACUAAGAACGAUUUGCUCACUGAAGAUGGUGAUACUGUGCCAUCGGGUAUACUCUAUGAUAUAAUAAGUGGCCCGACACAGGGUAGACUAGUCAUGAUGGAUGAAAAUCAGACACUAGAUGAGGCGCAAUCCAUAAACAAAUUCACCCAACAGGAUAUAAAUGAGGGUAGGAUUGUAUAUGAACAUUCAGGCAUAUUGCAAACAGCGACAUUCUAUUUCCGGGUAUGGGACGGAGAGUUCAAACCGACCUAUACGGUUUUCACUAUAGACGUCAUACCAGUUAUAUUGAACGCGUCAUCACUACAUCCGAUAUUCUUGCAGCAAGGUUCAAACGUGGCGACUGUGGCACCAGAUCAAAUAUAUGUAGAGACCAAUGCCAAAAAAGAUAAAGUCUGGUACAAUAUAACAAGACAACCAGUUCACGGGAUGAUAUACUUGGGAAGGAAUCCUGUAACUUAUUUUUCACAUAAGGAUAUAAUGGAUAAAGUAGUCAUUUAUAUGCAGAAUGAUAUGACGGUAGCGAAUGAUAGUUUUGAUCUGAUCGCCUAUGUCCAUAACAGCAACGCCACACAGCCUUUCACCAUAGACGUUGUUGUGCAACCGUUACUAGUAUUGGGGGAUUUGAAAAUUAUUGAACAGAAAACAAAAAUAACAUUAAAUAAUUUGGAUGCGAAUGAGUUGGCAAAACUAACAGCGAGCGAUCCGGUUUACACGAUAUUGAGGAAGCCAAAUUAUGGAAGCAUAAAAAAGAUAAUAAGAAGCUCUGGCGAGAAAACCAGUGCUAGGGAGAGGGAGAUAGCGUAUUUCACUCACGAGGACAUUAAAGCUGGUGUCAUAUACUAUGUGGCCAGGAAGAAAUUGGCUGCUCUGAACGGUGUCCAAGACAGUCUUGGUUUCCUACUCGCUGCGACAAUAUUCCAACCAGCCACCGGUGAGCUUGAUAUUUAUAUCGGCAAAAAGGGUGACAAGAAAAGUUUACUGGGACCAAGCGAUCCUGAAGGCCACGAAGGGAUUCCGGUAAAAAAUGGACAAACAUCGUCAUAUUAUAUGAUGGUGAUAAUGACGUUGCUUGGUGUACUCCUGGCUGUUAUAAUACUAGUCAGUCUAUUGAAAUGUCGUCGUUAUAUGACAAGGGAUCAGAACGCCAUGGUGAAAAUACACGGGCAAAGUCAGGGCGCGGUUGCUCCUAUACCCUUACCUCGACCACCGGAUCACUUGAUGCCGUCACCAACCCAAGCCAGUCCUCCUAUAAAGAGAUAUGUGUCUUCGGAGCAGUCGGUACACACUGGCACCAGUACUCCUCUACCGUCAGGUGGUAGUGUAGCUUGUAAGGUGACCCCGUUAGCGGACGCUGGCCUUCCAGACCUCAACGCAAGGUAUCCUUAUGGAGCCGAUGACCAUACCGAUGCGGAAGAUUGGAGCAGCUAUGAGGCUAGCGAGUCAGCCUUCCCGGUCCGCUCAGGCGGUGUCCCCACCAACCCGAUGCUGCGCCGCAACCAGUACUGGGUCUGACCCAUAGACAACCACACCCUGCCGAGGGUCAGGCAAGAGGAGCCGAUCCCUCUGCAGGACUGUCUGACGUUGAAUCGUCGGCCUCCGAGACGAAGUGUCGACUUUGUUCCGACUCCAUUCCUACUGAGCAACUAUAAAGGUGAAAAAUACACCAAUUGCGAAGUAACGCUCUAAAUACGCGGAGCACGGUCCUAGUUCUGACGCAGCCUCAUAUAAUAUUAACAUUAUAUAAUCUGUUGUAUAAUUUUUUGAACGAAUUCCGUUCAUUCAUCGUCUGUUCUACACUGAAUUUUUAUAUCUUUAAAUUAUAACAUACUCAUGGUUUUAACGAAUUCAAAUGUUAGUCGUGUUUGCCGUAAUGUAAAUUUAACAAGAACAAACACAUAACCGAACAUACCUAGAAAAUAAACACUCAAAAACAGUCACCUGGUAUACAGUACUGAUACCGGGUAAAAUAAUUGUGUUUGAUUAUAUCGUAGCGUUGGAACCGUAGAGGAAUAAAACUUUAAUUAUUCUACGUACUUAAAAUUUCAUCAAAUCGAUUUGUACACGUGUAAUUAUUGUCGAAUAUGUGUAAAAAUCGAUUUUUAUUAUAUUUGUCUACCUUGUAAUCUGCCACAUAAGGUCGUUAUUUGCAAAACUCUACGUGAAUUUAUAUACGAUCUAUGUAACAGAUUUAGAAAUAAGAUUGAAAAUUUGAUUAACGUGUCUUAAAAUUCUAAAAACGAGUAUACCUGCCAAAUAAAUGAAACAUAUGCCAACAUCAGUGCCAAAGUAAUGUAAAUAUAUAUAUAUUGUACUUUUAUUCACUAAAUUUAUUUAGUGCUACAUUAGUGAUAUUCAUAGUCUGAUGUCUGAUAGGUCAUGUUUGAAUUCCUUUUUUAACAUUUAAUAAUAAGUUGAUAUGUAAUGUUAAAUUUAUUGUUAGUUAUGAAUGUUCUAAGAUUCUAACCUAGAUGUAAGUUUAUGCUUGUAAGUCAUAUGUUUUAAAUCUAACACUAUAUGUAGUUGGAUAAUGUUUUUUUUUUUUUUUUUUUUGUAAUCCAUAGUUUAAGUUUACUCUGAGAUUAUUUGACAAUAACAAUAUAACCGGUUGUAGUUUAAAUUUUAACUGUACUCAGUUUUCUCAGGUUUAGGAAUCCUUGUAUGAAAUAUCAAAUCAUAUAUAUAUAUAUAUAUUUAUGUGAUUUUGAUGUCUAUUGAAAAGUAUUGGGAAAAGUAUUGCUGUAUUCGUAUAUGUUUGAGCUUGAAAUUACUAUAAUUGUAUUAUCGGUUCAUAUUUUACAGUUGUAAUGAUUAUUAUACGUGAAGUGGUCGGUGUUCACUGUAUGUGUCAACUAUAACUAUCAAUUACCUAGAAAGUUCUGUGUAAAUAAAACUUCCAAUAUCCAAAAAAAAAAAAAAUAUUCUGAAAUAGAAAAGGGAAUAAUGAGAAUAUAUGUAUAUCAACAUAGUCCGUAUAGUUCAAAGCUUGGUAAGAUAAAACCUUUUUGAAUAAGGGUACGAAUGUUGCAAUAAUAUUAGUAUAAAAUAAUUUUAAUGUUGGGAUAUUAAUUCAAUUGUUAUGACAACACUCAACCGUAUUCUUCUCUAGGAGCUUGUUAGUGGAAUAUAAAUGUUCGACAUAUAUAAUUUUUUUUCUAUAAUAAAUAAAUUAUAUAAACAUUUUGAAUAAACUUAAUGAGAAUA